AUGACAGCGGUCGAAAAGAUACAGACGCCUGACCUGGCUUACACGCCAAAAGGCGAGAUCAAGGGCAUUGUGGAGGGCCUCCGCGCUACAUUCAUGACCCAUAAGACUCGCGAUGUGACCUUUCGUAUCGCACAAUUGAAGCUACUCGGCGCAAUGAUCACCGAGCACGAGAAGGAAUGGACGGAAGCAAUUCACCAUGAUCUCGGUCGGCCUGCUUCAGAGAUUUACCUGACAGAAAUUAUGCAUGUUAAGAACGAAGUAGCAACCGCAUGCAAGAACGUCAAGAAGUGGGCAAAGCCAUCCUCCGUCAGCACAACGAUAGGUUGGGUAGGAGUAAGGCCCAAAAUUAUCCACGAUCCGCUCGGUGUGAUCCUCUGCCUGAGUCCCUGGAACUAUCCAUUGACGCUCAGCAUCGGGCCCAUCAUUGGCGCCAUUGCCGCUGGCAACACCGCCGUCUUAAAGCCAAGUGAGCAUGCCAUGGCGACUGCUGCUCUCUUUACUCGCUUGUUCCCACAAUAUCUCGACCAAUCGUGCUACCGCAUCAUCAAUGGCGCCGUUGACGAAACUACGGAGCUCUUGGAUCAAAAAUGGGAUCACAUCUUCUACACAGGCUCAGGCAUGGUCGGCAGAAUCGUAGCUACGGCUGCUGCAAAGCACCUGACACCCUGUGUGCUUGAGCUCGGUGGCAAAUCGCCGGUGUUGGUCUUCGAUGAUGCCAAUGUCAAGGUGGCAGCCACUCGCAUCAUCUGGUCCAAGUUCGUAAACGCUGGUCAGACUUGCAUCGCUAGCGACUAUGUCCUUUGCUCAGAGGCGAUGCUGCCAAAGCUCAUCGAGGCCUUCCGCGCGUCACUCAAGGUCUUCACCAAAGGCCAAGAUCCGCUGCUUCCCACGACGGAGUACAGCAAGAUUGUCAACGAGCGUCAAUUCGGCCGUUUGACCAAGAUGCUCGAGCACACAAAGGGCAACAUUGCCAUCGGAGGCCGUUCAUCUGCCGAGACACAGAAGAUCGAAGUGACCGUCUUGACCGGCGUCGACGUGGCUCGGGACGAGUCGAUGGCUUCCGAGAUCUUUGGGCCACUGCUGCCCGUCGUAACCUUUGAAAAUCCAGCUGAAGCUAUCGAUAUUAUCAACAAGGGUGAUCAGCCGCUCGCAAUGUAUGUCUUUGGCGGCGCAGCUAAUUUUGACAUGGUCAAGUCAAGAACGCGUUCGGGCUCUAUCGUGCACAACGACACUUUGGUCCAAUUCCUGGUGCCAGGCUUGCCGUUCAAUGGUGUGGGUCCCUCCGGUACUGGCGCAUACCAUGGCAAAUUCUCCUUUGACUGCUUCUCUCAUCAGCGCAGCACCUUGAGCACCCCCAACAUGUUCGAGCCGAUCAUGGCACUUCGAUAUCCGCCUUAUUCAGCCAAGAAGCUCAAGUGGCUCAACAUCGGUCUCGGCGAGAAGCCACCAUCAGCGAGUGGAGUCCGCAAGACUGGAACGAGCAGUACAGGCAUCGGCUCUGUGGGACCAGCCGGUCAGAUGCGCAGCAAUGGCAACGGCAACGGCGCUGUCAAUGGCAAGGGCUCUUCAUAUUGA